AUGUCGCGAUUGUUAUGUAUUGGACAACUGGGAGAAGAUGAGCGACUAUAUCCACUCUCUCUAUCCAACCAAAAAAUCUACAAUCAUCGAAAGCAACCGAUCAAGAUGGUGUGGCUGUUUACCGAAAGCAAGAUACCGGUUCCUUACGGAUAUGGAGGCCCUCCUGGCUCUGGAUACGUGACAAUUCUUGCUAUUGGUCCUGUGUCAACUCUGGAUGAAACGAUGAAGGCGACUGAAAAGAAGUUUCCUCUUGUGCUUUGGAGUUUGGAACGAGGGCAUGAGUAUGAGGUCAAAGCAACCGUGGUUCUUUUGGAGCGCUUUGAAUGCUCGGCCAAGUUUCGCCUCAGAUUGAGAGGAUUCCUCCGUGUCAAUGGCGUCGAUGGCGCCGAGGAAGAAUGGACCAUUGUCUUCACUCAUCGUGUUCGAUGGGGAGAUCCGGAACUGACAAACAUGAAAAGCACCUCGUCCAAAAGUCGGCAAGUGGAUCUUGCUUUUGACUACGGCGAUGAAGGCUCUGAACCAAAUGAUUUUACUCAUAUCCAAUUCCUCCUCCCAAAGACGGCCGAGAGUGACAAAGGAAAGGCAUUGUUCAAGGCUUUGAAUUGGGCCCGGUCAGUAGUGGCCGCCAAGAUGGAUUUGGAUGAUUUCAAGCAGACUAUUUGA